UCGACUCUCUCAUUUCCAAACAAUCACAACCCCAUCUUCAGUCUGGCAGGAUCUUAUCUCUGUCUCCCUUUGUAGAGGACGAGGAGAUGGCGAUAAAGGGUCUUGUAUUGAUAGGAGGUUGCUCUCAGGUGCUUGAUGCAUUUAACAAAUCUUUGAGAUGUCUUAAAAAGACGCUUUGCAGAUUCUGUUGCUUUCCCACGGAUCCACUUGGGGAUGUUGAGACUUGGAGUGAGUCUGUGGACAAAGUCCUCAGCUGUAAAGCCGGGCAGAUAGCUUUCCGGGAGUUCCUGAAGUCAGAGUACAGCGAGGAGAAUAUACUGUUUUGGCUCGACUGCGAGGAGUACAAAAAGAUUAAGACAGUCCCAGAGAUGAUCUCCUCCGCCAACCGGAUCUACUCUGAGUUUGUCCAAACAGAAGCACCAAGACAGAUCAACAUAGACUGCAGUACAAGAGAAAGCAUUACAAAUAACAUCUCCAAGCCGACCCUGACUUCGUUUGAUACAGCUCAGAAGCACAUUUACAGUCUGUUGGCCAGGGAUUGCUACCCGCGGUUCCUAAAAUCUGACAUCUAUCAGGGACUCCUGAGGAGAAAUGAUUCAAGGUGACUGUAUUAAAAAUGACGGCCUCUCAGGCCGAGGCUCAUGAUGUCUUCAGCUCAAUUCUGAUCUGCUGUAGCACUCUUUGAUUUCAGCAUGGAUAACAGGUUUAUCCUAUACAAUCCAGAUCCUUAGUCUAGUGGAGGUAGUUUUUUUUCUUAGUCUGUGUGAUUUAGUAGCUUAAGUUGAAUUUACAGCUUGUAUUAUACUUUAUCCCUUAAUUAAGUAAAAAAAAAAGUGCCUAUAAGUCUUUUCUUUUGUUUUCUCCCCUCCUACAUACAGUUAAUAAUGAAGAUAAUUCCUUUAUUGUAAAGUAUUAUCAACGCUUUAUAUAACACUUCGUGCAAAUAUAAACUGUCUUACGCUCUGAGAACUUCCACUUUCUUAUGCGAAUAAAUAUUGUUACAUUUCUGCCUCAGUUUUGUGUUCUAUGGAACGUUUUCUUGUCUGCUUUGCAUGCACUUCUUGAAAUAUCAAAAAACAAAACCUGACAUCCGGGUGUGGUCUUUUUGUAUGCAAUGCAAAUCACCUGGGUUACUGUAAUGUGGUCAUUUGUCACACAAACAGCAGAUGGCAACAGAGUUCUUUACAUCCUUCAUUAAACAAGAAGCACAGCCUGGGGACAAUGAAAUACUUGAGACUUCCACUAAAGUUUGUGUGUCAUCUGCUCGGCAGUUUUAAGAAGUCAGAGCGUUUACGUGAAGAGGAACUGCAUGAAACAGGAGUCUGAAUCUACAUUUGCCUCAUCAGACGUGGGCUUGUGGGUGUGCACUUUCAGUCACAACUAAGUUAGUUUCAUGUUAUCCCUAAAAAGUAUUUUAUAUCCCUUCAAAAUGUUGUGAGGCAGUACAGUUUUUAGAAAGUAUGACACAGUUCUCCUCUGCGUUUGUUUAUUUCUGGCAGGGACAGGGUGAACUUUACUAGCUCAUAUAAUAGUCUAUGCAAAAAUAAUGCAAAUGGAAGAGAGCACACUAAAAAACAGGCUCUCUAUUACUUUGUAUUUAGACAUAAUGUUCAGGUCCACAAAAACAAGAUAAAAAAGAGAAAAUGUUCAUAUGAAGGUAAUAUGAAUCAACAUAAUGAAUGUCAAGUACAAAAUACCACUUUUUCACUGAUGUCCCUUUUUUUGUUUGGAAAGUGGAUGUGGGCGCAGCAUGGUUUCUCCGUGUGACUACUCAGUGGUGGAUGGACAUUUUUUUUUUCAGUUUCUGUUGGUGGUACUGAGUGUGAGGGCUGGCGGGGGGAUUUAUUUUAAGAGCUGUUUCAGAUGUUUGAAAGACGGCGUUCUGUUUUGUGCAGACAUAUUGCCGCAACUUCCUCUUCUUUGAGACAACGCUGGUGGCUCUCACCUCUUUGUGGGAGGAAGACUAAGUUCACUGGGUUUGAAAAACAGGGUGUUUGCUCUACACACGCAUUCAUGAAGAAAUGUGUAGCCGAGCAAAAACUGCAGGAUACUGAGCGCAGGAAGUGAUAAAGACAAAAACGAAAGGUUCUGAAGAAGGUUUGGGUUCUCACAGUCACAACAUUUGGAGGAAAUUCACGGAUGGGUGUUGCGACCGGUAAAGAAAAUGAGAUAACAAUAACAGUAAUGUCACCACAGGCACAUCUGCAUUUUGACAGAAAGUGUUUCCUGUCACUCACAAGAAAAGUACAGACAAAGCACUGUAUACCUCAGAAGAAACUGAUUACAUUUACCGCUACACAUGAAUGAGGUUAUGUACAGCUCCUUUUUUUUUUCACAGACAAGACUGUUGUUAGUUGCUCUUUUCCCCUCCAUGCAUUCUUAACAUGUUCUUAACAUUUGUUAACUCUUCAGCAGCCAGCGGCUUUCAAUUGAUUUCACAACAGAGGGAAUCUUGUGAAAUCGUGCAAACAUCUAAUGUCAGCCUAAUGUCAUUAUGGGUGCCAUAAAGACAUUAGGAUUCAUUCUUUUAGCUGAGAGCGUAGAUUUACUGAAACUUUACAGCAAAACAUUACAAGUGAGUGAGGUGAAAGAGUAGUAUGACGCUGAAAUCAAAAGCAGAUGAUGAAAACAAAUGAAAAGUUAUCGUUAAAAAUCUCCAAUAGCAGACUACCAGGUACAGUAAAGCAGCUGAGAGAGGCUUUUUGCUAUAAGGCAGGCUGCUACAUCAGUACUAAACUAAAAUACUUCAGCAACUGCUGGGUGAUUUUUUAUUUUAUUCAUUUGUUGAUGCUUGUUGAUGAUUUCCAGACAAUAAAUUCAACUCUAUCUUUCUUCCCACGUUAGCUUUCUGUCUUAAGAACACACGAACGACAACAGAUUAAAAUUAGCUUGUAAUGCUAACCUUUUCUUUUCUUUGGCGCUAUCAUUAGUCAUAUGAGCAAAUAAAUGAACUUAAAGUGUCCCAAUGGCACGGCAUGUUUUUCAAUACUGCUAGACAGACUGCUGUGGGAACAGACAAGAGCCAUAUUUGUAGCAUACUGAAUAGCAUUAGCAUUGCAGUCAUGCUAGGAUGCUGAAAGUGGCACUCUUGGUUCAAACACCAUGGGUCCUGAUGACUGUCACUUUGUCUUUGCCCUUAAAUGUGGCUUUUAAACAAGUGAAACAGCAAAGGGGUGUACCAAGAAACUAACCAACAGUGUUCAUCUGUGAAGCACGCUUAUAUCUGCUGAGUCAUUUUACAAGAUAGCUACAAAAGGAAGACAGAGAGCAACGCUGACCCAUUUUUUAGAGCAGCUAGAACCCUUAAUAACUGGUUUCCAAGUAAAACGGAUUUUAGAAUCAAUUAGUGAAUGACAGCUGUAAGGAAACCUCAACUCUUCUCAGAGAUGCAGGGUUAGCAGCUGUUUGGCCUUCUCCUUGUUGAGGAUUUAGUUAUACACUACAAGAACUAUGAUGCAAUAUGAUGAGGCAUAACUGGAGCAUAAGUGGACAAUCUUCAUUCAUACAUUUUUUUGUACAUUUCACAAUAAAAUCUCAUCUAUUUAAUGAUAAUAAUAAGCUAAUAAUAGAAAGUACUACUAUUUAAUAUUUGACACAGCAAGUGGCUCCAGAAAUUAAAACAUACAUGAAUUGUCCAAAGAAAAAGAAAG